UUUCUUGAUUUGUUUUACAAGGUCGGUGAGAAACAAAAAGAAUCGCUCAGCUAUAUGAAAUGAUAACACUAAAGCGUAAGAGAACCUUAGAAAUACGUGAAAUUAUCGCCAAAUGAUUGCAUGUUAUUACAACUUAAUAUUUUAUGAAAUCAGCUUAAGCCGUCUCAUAAUUUUCUUUGUUUUAUUUCUUUUUUACAACAAAAAAAACUUGGACUGUAUACUUUCUUGAACUGGAUGAAUUGUAAAUAUUUCGAUACCGAGACAUGUUUCGUGUUUGCGAAUGAAGGGAUAUGAAUUUAGAUAAAAAGAGGUUGAAAAGAACAUGUUGAUUAUCAAAACAUUUAUCUUGUUAUUUCUACACAUUUCAAAUGCCGAGGAUGAAACUCUCAUUGAAGAAGAAGCAGAAGUAAAAGAAGAAGCUGAAGAAAAAGAAUACCGCUUAGAAGAAGAAGCUCUUGAACAAUACCUCGAGGAAAAUAAGAAUCCUCACAUCGUUUUUAUACUAGCUGACGAUUUAGGCUGGAAUGAUGUCAGUUUUCAUGGAUCUCCACAGAUUCCAACACCAAAUAUUGAUGCUUUAGCUGCUAAUUCUAUUAUAUUAAACAGUUACUAUACUGAAAACAAUUGUGCUCAGUCCAGAGCAUCAUUAAUGAGUGGACUUUACCCUAUUCAUCUUGGUCUUCAGCAUUCUCAGAUAAGUAGUGGAAAAGUUGCAGCAUUGCCUUUGGAUGUCAAAAUCUUACCAGAAUAUUUGAAAGACAAAAAUUAUUUGACAUACAUGGUAGGAAAAUGGAAUUUGGGAUAUUUUAAAAAAGAAUUCACUCCAAACAAUAGAGGUUUCGAUUCAUUCUAUGGAUUUUAUAAUGAGCAAAUUGAUUAUUUUGAUUUUACUAACUAUCAAAAAUACGGCGAAACCAUGAACAAACUUUUUUAUGGUGUAGAUCUUCAAGAUAAUGCUACUCCAGUUAAAAAUAUGCGUGGACGUUAUGCAACUGAAGUUUUUACCGAGAAAGCUGUUAACUUCAUAGAAAACCACAAUGAAUCAUUUCCACUUUUCCUCUACAUGGCUCAUUUAGCACCACAUACAGGAAAUGAUUAUAUGCCUCUACAAGCACCUUUACGAUUAAUAUAUAAAAAUGCACAGAUUCAAGAUCCAAAGCGUCGAAUUUAUGCUGGUAUGAUAUCAGCUUUGGAUGAAUCGAUUGGCAAAACAGUUGAAGCAUUAAGUAAAAGAGGAUUUCUAAAUAACACCAUUAUCAUUUUUGCAUCGGAUAAUGGAGGUCUGAAUAAAGAGUCCAAUUGGCCUUUUAGGGGCCUAAAAAGGGGACCAUGGGAAGGCGGUAUACGUGUGCCCUGUUUUAUAUGGAGUCCACUCCUUGGGUUGAAGGAACCACGCACAACAUAUAAUCUGAUGCAUGUGACUGAUUGGCUACCAACGGUAUAUUCAGCGGCAGGUGGUGAUGUGAAAGAAUUAGGAAAAAUUGAUGGUUAUAACAUGUGGAAAGAUUUAAUAGCUAACACUCCAACAUCAAGAAUUGAAAUUUUGCAUAACAUAGAUCCAAUAAGUAAAACCUCCGUCCUCAGACGAGGUGAUUACAAAUUGAUUGAUGGAACUGAAUCUGGUGGAAAUGAUUUGUGGUAUGGGACAGAUAUAAAUAAAGAAUUGUAUCAACCGUCUUCGAUGGAUGAGUGGAUAUUUAAAAAUGGUAGUCUAGCUAAAGAAAUCUUUCAGAACUCAAACAUCUGGCUUGUAAAAACUCCGGAUUCAUGGCGGAACAAUACUUCUGUGACAUGUAAACAACCACCGCCUUCUGGUAAUGGGGGCUGUGACCCUAAUGAGGCUCCAUGCUUGUUUAACGUUGCAGCUGAUCCUUGUGAAUAUAAUAAUUUAGCAUCACAAUACCCAAGAAUUGUGAAGUCUAUGAUGAAGAUCAUUAGCAAUUAUAACGAAACAGCUGUGGAGCCACUUUUGAAUUCUACCGAUCCUCGUGGGGAUCCAAAAUGCCAUGGCUUUUCCUAUGUUCCUUGGUUGGAUGAAGAAUACAAUCUUGACUGUUCAUAUUUAGGAAUAUAAUCUAUUUCUAUAAAAGAACUCUCUUUUUUCUACUUUUCUUUAAUCACCAUUCUCAUUUCAUUGUGUUCCAAAUAAUAAAAUAAGUUUUUAUUAAGGUUA